AUGGGAGCUGCGAACUUGACAACCGUCGUCACGGCCUCGCUCGGGGUCGCUCUCUGCUUGUAUGCAAUGCGUGUCGAACACCUGGCGAGCAUCGAUUCCUCGUACCGCCCGUACUGCGACAUCUCUUCUCACGCCAGCUGCUCACGAGUUUUGACGAGCCCGCAGAGCCGGCUGCUAAAGUACCUUGGACUCGCGACGCCGGGCAGUCGCUUGGAUUUCCCGAACACGUACUUAGGCUUGGCGUUUUACACCUUCAUGCUCACGUUUCCCAUUGGUCGGCGCUUCUGUCAUGUCCUCUACACACUUGCGGCUGCUGGAUCAAUGGCUUCGUCCCUCUACCUAGCAUACGUCCUCUACGCGAUCUUGAAAGACUUUUGUAUCGUCUGCGUCAGCUCCUAUGUGGUGAGAGUCGUGGUCGCUUCCCUGUCACAGCUAAAUACACAUAAAUAG